CAGGGCGAGGAAAGAGCACAAAAUCUUUCAGCUUCUUCACUCUCGAUUCGGAGCCGCCUCUCCGAUUGCGCGAAUUUCUCACUCCGCCCACUUGGUUCCUCAGAUCGUCGUUUCCCGGCGAAGAAUCUAGCUAGCUCUGAUGUCGGUUAACCAGGAAGAAGACAAGAAGCCCGGCGACUCGGGUGCUCAUAUUAAUCUCAAGGUCAAAGGCCAGGAUGGCAAUGAAGUGUUCUUCAGGAUCAAGAGAAGUACUCAACUGAAGAAGCUGAUGAAUGCCUACUGUGACCGACAGUCUGUGGACAUCAACUCAAUUGCUUUCUUGUUUGACGGGCGUCGUCUCCGCGGGGAGCAAACUCCCGACGAGCUGGAGAUGGAAGAUGGUGAUGAGAUCGAUGCCAUGCUUCACCAGACCGGAGGUUCUGUGGCCUGAUCAAUGGCAAUUCUAAUUUCUAGGGUUCUUCUAUGUUUCUGGUGGGUGGUGAUAUUAAAGGAGAUGUCUGUUUUAUGUGGCUUUUGUCAUUCGAACUACAGAUCUCACACUGUAUAAUCCUUUUGGUGGCUGUCAUCUGCCUUUGUGUAUCGUUAUGGUAUUCGCUUGCUGCUGAAACGCUAUUGUUAUAAUUAGAGUCUUUAUUAAA